AUGUCCAGAAUAGUCAUCCGCAACGCAUCCAUCCUGACUUUGGAUGACAAGGAUACCUUCCUGUACCCUGCCACCCUGGUCAUCCAAGACGACCGCAUCGUCGACAUGUUCGAGGGCGAGAAGGACACGGCCUCGGACACGCCCACAACCAUUAUCGAUGGCACCGACAAGCUCGUCAUGCCCGGCCUCAUCGACCUGCACUUUCAUACCAGCGUAGCCAAGGGCUACAACGACACCCUCCCCCUCUGGGAAUACCUCGACACCGUCUGGUACCCCUCGAUCCGCUCCCUCACCCCAUCCACCGCCCUCACCGCCGCCCUGCACUCGUACACGACCGCCCUCAAAUCCGGCACCACCACCGUCAACGACAUGUACCGCUUCCUCCCCUCCCUCGCCGCCGCCGCCCGCCAAACCGGCAUCCGCGCCGUCCUCGCCAACGACGUCGCCCUCCCCGCCCACGCCCUCGACUCCCUCGCCACCAACGUCGCCGCCUUCCACGCCCUCGACGAGUCGGCCUCCUCCCCCCCGGGCCGCAUCCGCGUCCGCCUCGGCCUCGAGUGGCUGCCCCUCGCCGACGAGCCGCUGCUCGCCGCCGUCGCCGCCGCCCAGCGCGACCUGCACGUCGGCCUCCACAUCCACCUCUGCGAGUCCGCCUCCGAGGUCGCCGACGCCGCCGCCCGCUUCGGCGGCCGCACCCCCGUCCAGGUCUUCCGCGACGCCGGCCUGCUGGGCCCCCGCACCGUCGCCGCCCACUGCGUGCACCUGUCCGACGCCGACGUGCGCAUCCUCGCCCAGACGGGCACCCACGUCAGCUUCAACCCGGGCAGCAACGCGAAGCUGGCCAACGGCGUCGCGCGCGUCGACGCGCUGGUGGCGGCCGGCGUCAACGUCGGGCUCGGCGUCGACGCCGCCGAGUGCCACAACUCGACCGACAUGUUUGAGUCGAUGAAGCUGGGGAGCUAUGUGCGCAGGGCCGCGAGCCGGGAUGCCGCCGUCGGCGCUGCGAGGGAGAUGUUGAGGUUUGCGACGGAGAAUGGGGCGAGGGCGUUGGGGCUGGAUGCCGGCGUGCUGGAGGUGGGGAGGAAGGCGGAUGUCAUUUUGGUGGAUUUGAGGCGCGAUUUGAUGUUCACGCCGCUGUUGAGGGAGAAGGGGAAGAGGAGGGAGAUGUUGGAGAGUCAUUUGGUGUUUGGGUGCAAUGGCACGGCGGUGGACACGGUGAUUGUGGAUGGGAGGAUCGUGGUCGAGGGGAGGAAGGUGCUGGGCGUGGAUGAGGAGCAGUUGAGGAGGGACAUGGAUGCUUUGUUUGAAGAUUUGGUCGGUGAGAUGGAGAAGCAGAGGUUUGAUCGCGAGAAGGCUGCUCCACAGUAG